UACUAAAUCAUUACUCUUUUUCUUUUUCAAAAUGGCGGGAAUUGCACCAGAUACGAAAUUUUAUGUUGAUGCUCAGGACGCUGAACGCUUCGUCGAGUCCGUCCUCGUUGGCAAUGGUGUCCCUGCAGCCCAUGCCAGCGUCGUUGCGCGAUGCCUGGUAGCAGCUGAUCUGCGAGGCGUCGACACACAUGGGAUGAACCGGAUACCAUCCUACAUGGAGCGAAUACGACAAGGAGUACUCGAUGCCAAAGCUACGCCAGAAUUGAAGCAAGUCACUCCUGUAGUCGCGCAAGUCGACGCAAAAAAUGCCUUCGGCUUCCUCGCUGCAGACAUCGGCAUGGCUGCAGCGAUCGAGUCGGCGAAACUCUACGGUAUUGGCAUGACAAGCAUCUUGCACUCGAACCACUUUGGAAUGAGCGCUUGGGUGGUUCAGAAGGCGUUGGACGCUGAUAUGAUGAGUCUGGUGUUUACCAAUUCAAGUCCUGCGCUCCCUCCGUGGGGCGGCAAGAGUAUGCUGUUGGGUGUCUCGCCGCUCGCUUGUGGAGCGCCUGGUAAAGACAACCCGUUCAUCCUAGAUAUGGCCCCGUCAAUUGCUGCAAGAGGCAAAAUCUACAAAGCAAAGAGAAGAGGCGAAAAGAUCCCCUCAGAUUGGGCGUUAGAUAAGGAUGGAAAUGCCACAGAUGAUCCCGCAGCCGCUUUGGAUGGUGGUGUAAUGCUACCUAUGGGCGGUCCGAAGGGCUCAGGGCUGGCUGUUAUGAUGGACGUGUUCUCUGGCGUCCUCUCUGGAUCCGCUUUCGCUGGAAACGUAACUGGUCCCUACGAUCCGUCGAAACCAUCGAAUGUUGGGCAUUUUCUGGUCGCCAUCAAGCCUGACUUGUUCAUGAGUCUCGAUGAUUUCAGAGAAAGGAUGCAGUAUCUGUAUGAUCGAGUAGUGGGUGCAGACAAGGCCGCGGGUGUUGAUCGAAUAUAUUUCCCCGGCGAGCUGGAACAAUUGCAACAGCAAGAAAGGGAGAAAACAGGGAUCCCUCUAGUUCAAGCCGAAAUCGAUGCUCUAAACGCAGAAGCAAACAAGGUCGGGGCGAAGCCGUUGGUCAUCAAGAACCCGUCAUAGAUUUAGAUAACACGUGUAAUAUGGAGAAUUUUGUAUGAUCGGAACAUAAAAUGGGUA